CGGAUGGUAGUAGCGAUGUUGAGCGUCGAGUGUGAUGGCCUUUGGCUGGCGAAGGGGAGUAUGCGUGUUCAGACUGGGGAAUGGUCGAUCAGAUCCUACGAACGUAUGGCACAACGGAAGUGAGAUCAGGCUUGCUCACAAAAACGAGAUCCCAAUCGCCUCGUCAGCUGAAGUGUUUCCUAGAUGCCCUAGUAGUUAGGAAUGAAGAGA